UACAGUUCAGUGGAUCUACUAUUCUUUCAGUUUAGUCCUACUCGUACUGACCGACGAAGUAAGGUCUCUCCGUGUGGUGACUACUGACUAGUAAGAGUAAGAGCGUUUUUGCUCCAAAAAAAUGGAUACUGAUCGAGUGGCAACUGCUCAAAGCCAUACUUACGAGGAAGGCCCACAUGACCCUCAUACUGCCGGUCUCCGCUCCGUUAUUGAAGGUGAGGAUGAACACCAUGAGAAGAAAUCUGUGUUAAAGAAGGUAAAAGCUAAGGCGAAGAAGAUAAAGGAUACACUCGGUAUUAAAAAGCAUGGCAACGGCCACGAUUAUGAUCAUGAUCACGAUGAUGACGACGACGACGACGACGAAGUGGAAGAAGAUGAACAAGACACUGAAGUUCAUAAGGAACCACCGAUAUACGAAUCCAUAGCGGAUCGGAUCGAGGAAGAGGAUGCCUCAGGGCAAUCGAUUAGGGUCAAUUUGGGUCCUAUAGGACGGUUGCCGCCAUUGUUGAAGGACCCUGAUGCUCCAAAGGGCAGAGGUGAUACCUCUGACCCCGCAAAUUAUCAGACUAAAGCAACUGAUCCCACAGGCGCAGGGGGCGAAGAAGUAAGAGUCGAGCCCAUUCUCGAGUCCUUCGGGAAAAUGAAGGUCUCCGAGCAGCCAGAACCGGAAGCCUGGUCCAACACCGGAAGUCAUGAUCAGUUCUCUCCGGAUUUGCCUCCCGACCAGACCAAUACAUCCCCAGGAAAUGCUCAGACCGUCCCUGUUACCGAAGCAGUAGUUCAUUCACAAGCCGGGGAAGCCGGAAAUCCAACAACACAGCCCAGCAGCUAUACUGAGAAAAUUUCUUCUGCUACCUCCGCAAUCGCCGAGAAAGCAGUGUCUGCAAAAAAUGCAGUCGCGUCAAAACUUGGCUAUGGUGGAAACGAUGCCGCGGUGCCGGGAACGCCAGAAGGUGGGGACUCAACUAAGUCGGCGCCUGCCGGUGAAUAUGGCCGAAAAUUUGCUGAAGGGGUGACGGGAACGCUAGCCCCAGUGUACGAGAAAGUUUCGGGGGCAGGAAGCGCGGUGGUAUCCAAGAUGCAAAUGAACUCGAACGGGAGAGGGAACGGAACCGCGACUGCGGCAGCGUCGGGGACCGGUUCAGAAGGCGGGAACGUUAUUGUGCCUGAUAAAGGAGUUUCUGUGAAGGAAUACUUGGCGGAAAAGCUGAGGCCUGGUGAUGAAGAUAAAGCACUUUCCGAGGUAAUUUCCGAAGCUUUGAAUAAUCGCAAGGAGGAGCCAGAAAAGGGAUCACCACCUCAGAGGGAGGUGACAGAGUCGACGGGUACACAAAUCCGUUUGAGCUCCGAGGAAAAGAAUUCCACGGAGAGAGUCAGCUCUGCAGAUGAGAAGUAUCGAAAGGGCAUGGUCAGUAAGAUCAAAGGAGCGGUUUAUUCUUGGUUCGGGAAGGAAGGACAACAUGGAGCGUUACAGGGUUCUCACAGUGCUCCUGCUGGUGCAAAUGGACGGAAGCUUCAAGAGUGAACAAUUUGAAGGAUGAUAUAUCGUUACUAUCAGGAGCUGGCAGGAGAUGUGUAUUGGUCUAAAUUUGUACUUAUAUUUAUUUUGUGUUGUAUAUUUAUGCUUGAAUUGUGUGGUAUUUGGGUAAAUAUAUAUAGAAGUCUUUGCAGUAA